AGCUGAUCCGAAAAAUAUCUUCAUCAUAUUUAAAGCUAUCAUCGCAUAAUAAUUUACCUAACCUGUAAUUUAAUCAAUUGUGGAAUCGCUUAUUACGCUGAAAUGGGGAGAACUUUGCCUAAUCCUGUUGCGUGCCAAGUUUGCGGUGACAAGAGUUUUGGGAAGCAUUACGGUGUUUAUUGCUGCGAUGGAUGCUCAUGUUUCUUCAAGCGCAGUAUUCGGCGCAAGAUGGUCUACACCUGUAUUGGAAAAGGCAACUGUUCCAUCGACAAGGCCAGGCGCAACUGGUGUCCCUACUGCAGACUGAAGAAAUGCUUCGAGAGCAGCAUGAACCCCAAAGCCGUGCAAGAUGAAAGAGGACCUCGAAAAUCCACAAUAGAAAAACGGGCUGCCUUACGGGGAGACUCGAAAGCAGGGUCCAGUCACAAAUCAAAGAUCACUUUCCAGCCAUGGAGAGACAACACACCCCCACCCAUGACUCAAAUGACCCCCGAAGUCAGUGACCCUCUCUCCAUGGGUCCCAUGCAUAUGCCAAUGACAUCUCAAGGAAUGAUAGACCUUCAGAACCCGAUGCAGAAACCAUUCGCGCCUCAGUACCCGUUCAUCGCCCCUCCUCCAGUGAACCCCAGGUUAAGCAACUUCAACCCAACUAAUUUAAAUCCAAAUAUGGGGAGCCACCCGGCAACAAGUAAUAUGAACCCGGCAGGCCACUCGAACGGAAACCCGAAUUUCUUCACCUACGCGAACCCGGCUACCCUGCUGCAUGCUUCAAUGUUCCUCCAGGCAAUGAACAACCCAAUGCGAUUGCCCAGUUUCAAAUUGUUUAACCAACAGUUGCCAAAUAUUGCGCCCACAUUUCUGAACAGCCGCGCGCCCUCUCAACAAGUGGUGAAGCUUGAAGACGAAAAUGGGACCUGCUUAGAGUUCAAUGACCUCAAACCACCAAUAGUUGAAUACAGUCACCCUUCAAUGAAUAAAUUCGAACUGGGUACUUCUAAAGUCAUGAACAAAGACUUCAGCAGCCCAGAACUUUACAACCCACAUCCGAGCGAAGAAUCGCCCAGCAAAUUACAGACAAUUUCCGAAUCGCUUUGCAGUCCGACCAGCACCGAUUCAGACUCGGUAAAACUGGAGGAAAACCCGCUUUCAUCAGGAAUGCAGCCUCUUAUUAAAGAGGAAGAAAGUUGGAAGAACUUUGACGUGGAAACACUUUUGUCGAACUCAGAGACAAUUUUGGUGAAAAUAAUCAAGAGGGCGACGAGUAUUCAAGCAUUCCGAGGCAUGCCGAUCAGCGAUCAGCUGAUACUUUUCUCGGAAAACUGGGCGCCCAUAUUUUUGUUACACGCUACUUUUGCAGCACAAUACUGCGAAUCCAUUUUCGGCAUGGUUGUGAGGUGCAAGAGUGAUCUGUCAAAGCAGGUGGACACGAUGACGGAGUACCAGAAGAGGGUGAAGGAGCUGUCCCCGGACCCCACAGAACUAUCACUCAUGGAGACCAUCCUAUUAUUCGACUCAGACACGAGAACUAAACUGGGAAACAGUUCCCAAGUAGUAGCCAUCCAAGAUCAGUGUCAGAUGUAUCUGCAGCAACACGUCUGCACCGAGUACCCGGGAGUCACUGCCCGAUUCGGAAGGCUCCUUCUCUCCCUCUCAAACCUCAAGUCCCUCCCCAUCCAAGCAGUCACCAACACCUUCUUCCCCAUCUCUCUAAACGACCCAAACUUCCUCGCAAGUGUGGACGCCACUCAUAUGAAGUCACCGUCGCAGAUCAUUCAGAGUCUUAUUUUGAACCCCUGCACUAUUACGAUAGACGACGAGAGUUCAUUUUCCAAUGAGGCGAAUGAUUCGAACGUUUCAAACAUUUCGCCGUCAGCCAUGUUAGAUGUGCCGACCUCUAGCGGUGUAUUUGAGAUGUCUUCUGGUCCAAAUGAUCUCGAUUACCAGGAGAUUGCAACAGCAGAACACCAGGACAAUGACCCAGAACUCAAAGUUCAGAUAGACGACUGUUAAUGGAGCCGAACUAAUUUUUCUUUCAGAGGCUUAGUGAUUUUGGGUUGUUUGGACUGUAAUAUGUCAAUUACUCAUGUACAAGUACAGCUCUGCCUGCAUAUGGCGCAUAAAGUGCUCCUCUCCUCUCUAUGGGUAUAUUUGGACAUCUAAACUCUUUCCUUUUGACUUAUUGUAUAUGAUA